AUGCCAUCUCGCGCUGUCUUGCUGGCUCCAGGGGUCAUCUGUCUCUUCGUAGCAUUCGUUCUAUCUCUGCUCGUUUCGAUAUCUUUACCCACCCUCCCCGCAUUGGACAUUGCUAGGACGGACUUUGACACCAGCUUCUUUGAAGAUGGAAAUAUUCCGACAAAAGGCGUGAUUGUUCUUGGUCAAGUGAGGCUUGGCAUCUGGGCAUACUGCGGUUAUGACACCGAUGGGCAUGGAUACACUGUGCGACUUCCUUACUUCAAGGCAGGCGACGUUCCCGCGAAUCCGGAGGUCGAUGUCGCCACCAUCAGUUCUUCCUGGACCAGGGGUCUUGCCAUUCAUCCUGUCGCCACCGCGGUCAUUGGGAUCGCCUUCAUCCUAUCCCUCUCGACCAACCUCGCCAUAGAACUCACCUCUUCUAUCGUCUCUCUUCUCGCGGUCCUCAUAACACUUCUUGCCUUCGUUGUCGACAUUGCAUUAUAUGUAAACGCCAAACAUGUCAUGAGCGUGGUCACGGGAACAAAGACUGUCACCGCACCAGGUUUUUGGCUCACAUUCACCUCCCUCAUCAUGCUCCUCAUCGAAAGUUUCACGAUCUGCAUCGGUCGACGCCGCCGCGCGAAAGAGGGUCCGUCUGCGGACAGUAAAGGCAUCCGUUUGGCGUUUUGGAGGCGCUGA